GCUCCGCUUAGACCGGGAAGGGAGGCGGAACUAAUGGUACGGACCGCCUGACGGUACCCAGCCGGACAGAAAAGCGGAGGGCACUGGGAGUUGCGCCGCGCAAGCCCGGGGCCAUCUAAGUGCUGCUCCCGCGACAUGGCUUUCAAUUUUGGGGCUCCUUCGGGCACUUCGGGCACCUCUACAGCCACCGCGGUACCGGCGGGAUUUGGUGGGCUUGAGACUGCCAACUCCACCGCCAGUGGGUUUAAUUUUGGGGGUUUCGGAUUAACCGCUAACCCUGCAGUGAACUUUAAUAUUGGGAAUUUCGGUGUUUCUACCACCUCGGCGACUCCGUUCAAUUUUGGUAACAGUCUGGCGAGUGCAGGUGGGUUUGGAGGAUUUGGAACAACAACUACAACUGCAGGCUCUGCCUUCAGCUUUUCAGCCCCAACAAACACAGGCAGUACAGGCCUUCUCGGUGGCACUCAGAACAAAGGUUUUGGCUUUGGUACUGGUUUUGGCACAACGACGGGAACUGGCACUGGUUUAGGCACUGGUUUGGGAACUGGACUUGGAUUUGGAGGAUUUAAUACCCAGCAGCAGCAGCAGCAGACUUCUUUAGGUGGUCUCUUCAGUCAGCCUACACAGGCUCCUGCACAGUCCACCCAGCUCAUCAACACUGCCAGCGCACUUUCUGCUCCAACGCUACUGGGGGAUGAGAGAGAUGCCAUCUUGGCAAAGUGGAACCAGUUGCAGGCCUUCUGGGGAACAGGAAAAGGAUAUUUCAAUAAUAACAUUCCUCCAGUGGAGUUUACACAGGAAAAUCCCUUUUGCCGAUUUAAGGCUGUAGGCUAUAGUUGUAUGCCCAAUAAUAAAGAUGAAGAUGGACUAGUAGUUUUAAUUUUCAACAAAAAAGAAACAGAUAUUAGAAGCCAACAACAGCAAUUGGUAGAAUCAUUGCAUAAAGUUUUGGGAGGAAACCAGACCCUUACGGUCAAUGUGGAGGGCAUUAAGACGUUGCCGGAUGAUCAGACGGAAGUUGUCAUUUAUGUUGUUGAGCGUUCUCCAAAUGGCACCUCGAGAAGAGUUCCAGCGACAACACUGUAUGCCCACUUUGAGCAAGCCAACAUUAAAGCCCAGCUGCAGCAGCUUGGGGUGACCCUUUCUAUGACCAGGACAGAGCUGUCUCCCGCUCAGAUCAAGCAGCUCUUACAAAACCCUCCCGCAGGUGUUGAUCCUAUUAUUUGGGAACAGGCCAAGGUGGAUAACCCAGACUCUGAAAAGUUAAUUCCUGUACCAAUGGUGGGUUUCAAAGAAUUGCUUCGAAGACUGAAGGUUCAAGAUCAGAUGACUAAGCAGCAUCAGACCAGACUAGAUAUCAUAUCUGAAGAUAUUAGUGAACUGCAAAAGAAUCAAACUACAACUAUGGCCAAAAUAGCACAAUACAAGAGGAAACUGAUGGAGCUCUCCCACAGGACCUUACAGGUCCUAAUCAAACAGGAAAUCCAAAGGAAGAGUGGCUAUGCGAUCCAGGCUGAUGAAGAGCAGUUGCGGGUUCAGCUAGAUACUAUUCAAGGGGAACUGAAUGCACCCACUCAGUUCAAAGGUCGGCUGAAUGAGCUCAUGUCCCAGAUCAGGAUGCAGAAUCAUUUUGGAGCCGUGAAAUCUGAAGAAAAGUACUACAUAGAUGCAGACCUGUUACGAGAAAUCAAACAGCAUUUGAAACAACAACAGGAAGGCCUUAGCCACUUGAUUAGCAUCAUAAAAGAUGACCUCGAAGACAUAAAACUGGUAGAACAUGGAUUGAAUGAGACCAUCCAUAGCAGAGGCGGUGUCUUUAGCUGACCAUUUACAGACUUGUUGUAGAGAUUUAUAAAAUGCGUCUCCUUGCUACAUCGAGCCUUCUUUACAAUGACCACAUGGCCGGGAAAAAGGAUCCUUCUCACUGGGAUGUCUGCGACUCCUCAGAGGUUACUGUACAUUAAAUCUGAAAUGGUCACCACAAAGCCCUUCAAAGAGAAUCUUUGAAAAGUUUAUAUCUAAAAGCUGUAUUUACUUUUAAAAAAGUAUUACCCAAAGCAUAUACACUGUUGUUCAUUUUAUAACAGCGUUAAGCGUAGUCACGGAGCCUGAUGGUUAUUCUCCAUUCUCCUCUCCAUAGCACAGAGCACGACAGAGCUACAUCCUACAUAACACAACAGACUGUGAUUCCAUGCCUGUUGGAGGCUGUGCUUCAGGGUAUAAAUGCGUUUCAGCUUUUAUAUCUGUGAAAUUAGCUGUGGGGAGUAAAGAAAAUCCCAAAGUAUUUAAUGAUUUGUGUGGUUUUCCUUUUGUUCUAGAAAGACUUGAAAAUAUAUUUUUAUAUUAUUUUACUUAUUUAGAACUUACAGAAAAUACCUAACCGGUUAGGAUAUAACAAAAUCACCACUUUUGCAAGCUGUUUUGUUUUGUUUUUUAUUUCUAAAAAUGAAAUCCUUAAAAUAAAUUGUUAAUUUGUAAUUUUAUGUAAUU